CGAGAGUUUGAGUCUGUAAAAUUCAUUCAUACUCCAAAAUUCUUCCUGUAAAUUUGUCUCAGAUCAGUCUCCUUCAGCACGUAGCUCCCAGAUCUGCAUAUUCUCAUGGAUGGUACACAAUAUACAGUGACACUAGAUGAGUUCAAGCUCUUUCAUGGGAUUGAUCGAACACUGUACGCUGUUCUUGUAAGGGAUCUUGGGCGUGAUACCCUCGAAUGCCUCCACAUUAUGGGCUUGUGGUUGUGGUUAGAACGAGGAGGGUUUUGUAAUUUCGUAAGUAAAAUCUUGUCUCUUCCUCCAUUCUUGAUCAAUGAACUUGCCGACGAGGCUGUAAUAUGCCUCAAGUGUAUAAACACUCAGUUGUCGGAAGUAGCCGAAAUCCCACUGACCCAUAGCCUUGCAAAGAAAGAUAUAUCCCUGCAGUUCUUCCAAGAAAACAGGCGCACUGCUCGUCACGAAAUCCAAAGUUUGAUUACCGGAGUCUGCAUACCUUCACUAUCUGACAUAAUGGAGAAAACGCUGCACAACGAGAGCCCGACCCAUAGUCAAAUCAUGCUACUUAGUCAUGCAGCAUCGACGACUUCUCCCCUAAACCAAAUCCCGGCAGGAUCUUUCGUUGACAGUUCGUCCAUGAUCUCUAACUUGAGAACCGCUGCAAACACUAAAGCACGGGCUAACGAGACGUCAAGGAACGAGAGGACGAUGUUCGUCACAUUCUCAAAAGGCUAUCCGGUGACUGAAACUGAAGUCAGGCAGUUCUUCACAAGGCUGUUUGGGAACUGCAUAGAAUCAUUCCACAUGCAAGAGGUAGUAAGCCCUAAUGAGCAAGCGCUUUACGCUAAAAUCGUCUUCCUUAGAUCGUCGUUCAUUCGGGCGAUUCUCAGUGGAGUUAGCAAGGCCAAGUUCACCAUCAAUGGGAAACAUGUUUGGAUGAGGAAGUUUGUGCCCAAGAAUGAGAGACCGCUGCCUAUGUAUCUGUAGGAAGCUGGAAGUACGUAGUCUUUGGUUUUGUUUCUUUCACUAGUAGUUCUUGCUUGUUUGUUGGUACGUAUCAGAGUCCGGUAGCAUCACAGUUGUGUUAAUAGUCAGUACGUAGCCACACAAGUCCCGCUAAUAGGCCAGCAUUGCAUCAAAAUUGUUUUUCUAUAGUAAUGUAU